AUGAAGGCUGCUGGUACUUUGGCCCUGAUGGGCUGCCUGAUCACAGUCGUUGAACCCAAAAUCUACACUCGCUGUAAACUGGCAAAAAUAUUUUCGAGGGCUGGCCUGGACGAUUACCGGGGCUUUAGCCUUGGAAACUGGAUCUGCAUGGCCUACUACGAGAGCCACUACAACACCACUGCUCAGACUGACCUGGAGGACGGGAGCACCGACUAUGGCAUUUUUAAGAUAAACAGUUACACGUGGUGCAGACGUGGGAAGCUGCAAGAGAAAAAUCACUGUCAUGUGGCCUGCUCAGACUUGAUCACUGACGACCUCACAGAUGCAAUUAUCUGUGCCAAGAAAAUUGUUAAAGAGACAGAUGGGAUGAACUACUGGCAAGGCUGGAAGAAGCAUUGUGAGGGCAAAGACCUGUCUGGGUGGAAAAAGGGAUGUGAGGUUUCAUGA